UACCCGAUAAUGUCGAAGUGACUGGUCGCUGUCAGUAAGAUGCCUCAUCUGCAAGUUAAUUGAGACUAAACGUUGACUUGUUUUCGGCUUCUUCGCAGGACUUAGCUGAUGUUCAGUGAACUUGGUACGUUAGCUAGCUCGCUGCUGCUUGUUUGACUGUUGCCUGUCUUAACUUUCCUCUCCGUUAAACGUUGACCCAGUGUACGUUAAAACUGGUGUCUUUCUUCGCCGUAGCCUAGUAGUAGUAGUUGUAGCAACCGUAGUUAACCUACUGAAGAUGGCGAGUGUACAUGAAAGUUUGUAUUUCAACCCAAUGAUGACGAACGGAGUGGUCCAUGCUAACGUGUUUGGCAUUAAAGACUGGGUGACUCCGUAUAAAAUCUCUGUGCUGGCGCUGCUGUAUGAGAUGACCGCAUCCAAAAUCACUCUACCGGAAAGAAGACGACUGAACAAGCUGAUUCUGCCCCUGCAGCAGGGUCCAGAUCUGACUCUUGGCCAGUUCCUGCAGACAGUGGAGGAGUGUUGCCCUCAGACUGCAUAUGCUGUGAAACUCAGGCUGCAUGAAAUGGCAGAUGGAGAGCUGAAAGACAUGGAGUACUUCUUUUCCACUCUUCCCACUCCAUUCACCGCUUUUGAUUCUGAGGCUUAUAAAACCAGUGUUGUGGGUCUUUUUAUGAGGCACAUGCUCCUGGCGUACAACAAGCUGUCCUUCAGUCAGGUCUACAAACUCUACAAGUCUCUGCAGCACUACUACCACAGUCACUAUGCCAAGCCGACCGAUGGGCAGGUGGGUUUGCCAGCGCUGGUUGCCGACGACUCUGAUAUGGACCUCACCAGCACUGAGGACAAUGUAGGAGACAGAAUGGACAAAGAGGACUUGGACACACCAUUGCAUGAGUCAGAGCUUCGAAAUGACAAUGCUCCAAGCAGAGGUCCCCUCUCACAAAAACAAGCAGAGUACUUUCUUGCAAGACAGGCAUAUCUUCUGAAGAAUGAUGAGAACAAAGCUCUAAAGCCCGCUGCACUGCAGGAAGAGCUCAACAACAUGCUGAAGUUUAACCCCGAUUUUGCUGAGGCGCAUUACCUGAACUACUUGAACAGCAUGAGAGUCCAGGACAUCUUCCUCUCCGCCCACAGUCUCUUACAUUAUUUUGACCGCCUCAUCUUGUCCGGAAGUGAGGGAAAGAGCAACGGGGAUGAGGGCUAUGGUCGAAGUCUCCGCUAUGCUGCUCUUAACUUGGCAAGCCUGCACUGUCGCUUUGGUCACUAUCAGCAGGCGGAUCUGGCUCUGCAGGAGGCUAUCCGCAUUGCCCAGGAGUCUAAUGACCAUGUGUGCUUGCAGCACUGUCUGAGUUGGCUCUACACACUGGAACAGAUGAAGGGAUCUGACAGCACAGUGUUAACUGAGGAUUCAGUGAAAAUGGCUGCCCAUUUCUGCCUGCCAUACCUGGCAUCUCUGGGCAUUCAGUCUUUGGUCCAGCAGGGGGCGACACAGGGUAAGACAGCACACAAACUGAUGGACGCACUGAAGGACACAGACAUCCUGCACUGGAAGCACAGUCUGUCGGAGCUGAUCGAGAUCAGCCUGGCUCAGACUACGUCCAUAUGGAGGAUGUACGGCAAGAGCACCAUGGCUCUGCAGCAGGCCCAGCUGCUUCUCAACAUGAGCAGUCUGGAGCCAGUCAACUUCAGCGUCCAGCAGAACAACACAGAGGCGUUCACCGUGGCUCUCUGCCACCUGGCCGAGCUACACGCUGAGCAGGGCCUGUACAAUGCAGUUUCAGAGAUUCUUCGGCAUCUGAAAGAGCAGUUUCCUCCCCACUCGCAGCAUGCCAAGCUCUGGAUGCUGUGCGAUCUUAAAAUCCAGUUUGAGAGACAUAUGAACGAAGGAAAAUACCACUUAGCGGAGCUGCUAGUCACAGCCAUCUCUGCCUUAAACAAAACAGAAGGUCUCUACAGGAAAGCUCAAGUUCUGAAGGCUCUCAACCGCAGCACCGAGGCGUACAGCAUCUUACAACAACUGCAGGUUCGCUGUGAGAAGACUAAAUGUACAGAGAUGGUCAUCAGAGUGAUGCUCUCCACUGCUGAGCUUCACUGGGAGUCGUCUGGCUUCUCCACAGCUCUCCCUCUGCUCCUGCAGGCUUUGGCUUUGGCCAGACAGCACCACCUACAAUCCCUGGCCUCAGAGACCAUCCUUCACCUGGCCUUUACUCAGCUCAUGCUGGGGGUUCCUGAGCAGGCUCUGAGUGUCCUGCAUGAAGCCAUUGAGCCUGUCCUGGCCCACGGAGCAGUCAUGGACAAGGGCCGAGCCCUGCUGCUGACAGCCCGCUGUCAGAUGGCGGUGGCUGGGUUCAGGCCAAACGGACAAGGGCAAGCAGAUUUGCAUUUGGCGGUGUUGGCUGUUGACACGCUAAACGAGGCUGCUGCCUAUUUUUCAAAACUGAACUGUAAGGAGCGGCUGCGUGACGUCCACUAUCUGCAGGCUCAGCUCCACCGUUCUCUGGGACAAACUUCACAGUGCAACAAAAGUGCCAUGCUCUUCCGGCUGCUGGACCAGGAGCUGCAGUCACCAGCACCACCAGUGUCCAUGCGACUCUAACUGCUCCUUUUUCAACAACAAACUCAAUUGUUUUUUUUUUGUGCUGCUGAGAAGGACACACACCUCCUCUACCUGCUGAGCUGAGUCAUUUCAGCUCACCACUAGAUGGUGGUGAAACUCUGUUCCGCUCUCUCUCAGCUCUAAAGGAUUUCUUUUAUAAAUAUUUUGAAGUGGAGGUAAUUGUGGAACUCUUUGCACGCACUGCCAGGAUAAUAAUUAAAUAGGACAAUGUCCACAGAGAUAAAUAAGGCUGAGUUCCCAGUAGAUUAAGAAUGGGUCUAUUGUCUCUUCACUUGUGGUCUGUUACAGAUUGAAUGAUAGCCUGUUAAUGAACACAUGUUUUUAAAAGCUUGUGCCACAGCAACAGUCCAGUUUUGUCUGACAAACAUACAUGCUAGGCCACGGCACCACAGAAACAAUGAAAGUUUAUCAGGAGCUGUCACAGCAGCACUGAUUUACCCACCGCUACUUGAUGAAUGAGGGUAAUAUCACAGUUAGCUACAAGAUGAAUGUGUUUCAGUGGCCUGGAUGAUUCAUAUUCCACCAGAAGAAUACUGAUGAAGCUGGAAUCCAGAGGAAAGAAAUCGUGAUCACAUUUAUAAUGUAAUAGACUUGCGAUGACAGAACAGCAGAUACUGUAUCUGUAUUCCACUUAUGUCUGACACGAUUUGUGAGAACCAUUUUGGCUGAUAACAUUACAUUUGUUCUGACGGACCCAUAAUCCAUUACUGAAAGCGCUUCUUUCAAAAAAAUAAACGACUUGUUUCAUCUAAUUUAGUUUUCAGUUAAUCUGACACAAGUAUAAGAAUAAUUGUAAUAGGAAUAUGUCUGCAGUUGGAAUAUCUGUGUGGUACAGGAUAGUUAAAGUUUCAGCAGGGUUUAAACUUACUAGUUUUGUUUGUCUUGGUGCACAAGCAUCUCUGAGGUUGGUGGUUGAAUGAUUGGAGCUGUCCGGCCUUGUUGACAGGAAAUUUCUGUCCCAUUUACAGCCUGUGCCGGCCCCCUGAAAGGUCCUGUUGAAUCAAUUUAAGUGCCAUGUUUGACUUUAUGUCAUUUGCUGCUUAAAAAGCAGAAAGUAAACAGUAGGUAGAGUAUGUGAGCCAGGUCACAGGGUCAGUUUAGGAUAAACUAACGCUUUUCCGUGUUUACAUAGUGCAGAGCUGAACAUUCAGUUUAUACUUUUAACCCAGAGAGAAUGCAGGUAUGGUGGUGCUGCAGUGGGAGUUAAACCACUAAUCAUUAUCCAUCAAGUUUGGCAGAACCAUUUACCGCAGAAAGCUUCCUAUUUGUAUUUGACGCUGCUGGUUACCAAAAGGCUUUCAGUGCAGCAGAGCAAUUUCCAUGAGUUGAGAGAAUUCUUCCAUUAGUGACGAGAUUUAAAAAACAGCAACUGAAAAGAUUUUUUUUUUUUUUUUAAGCUCUGAAAAUUUAUGGACGACAAAAAGCUGACAUUUUUGAGAUUGAAGUUUUUACCUAAAGGCAGUGAAGCAUUCUCAUUGUUGCUGGUACUUGGUUUUUCAUUUGCUCAAAGAGCGCACAGAUAUUUACUGAAUACUGAUUGAAAUUCACUGAAGAGUGAAAGUAAAAAGGGGUCAGACUCUUCAGGGGUCCUGAGUCCUCCACAGCUUCUGUUUAUCUUUUCUGACCAUAAUUGAACCCAUUAUGUCCUAAAAAAUGUUUUCACUGUAUUUUUUUUAGUGCUGAAAUGGUGAGUCAAUCAACAAAAUCAAUGGAAUCAAAUCCAAUUUUUGCUUUUCUCUGUGUUAGCCAUGCUACUGACAUGGCAGUAGGAUGGGUCUAUUGGUCUAUUGGUCCACCACUUUGGUCUUGACUGAAAUGUCGUAACCACUAUCCGUGGAUGGCCAUGAAUCCUAAUGACCUUGGUGCUAGCCUGACUUUUCCUCUAGUGUCAUCAUCAGGUUAACACUUUUGGUUUGUAGUGACAUUUCUUAAUAGCUAUUGGAUGACUUCCCAUGAAAUCUGGCACGGACAUGAUCAUCAUUCAUGAUCUUCCUCAUGAUGAAUUUAAUGUAGAUUGGGCAUCCCUUGACUUUUAAUCCAGCACCUUCAUCAGAUCAAAAUUUAGAUUUGUCCAGUUCUUUGGUUUGUGACCCGCAGUGUUAAAGACAUUUCCAUCAGCCUCUGCUGUACUCGGUGUUAAGUGCUAAUUAGCUAAUGUUGACAUGCUAACAUGCAUGUCAUAACAUAACAUAACAUAACUGUACUGCUCAAAGUACAGUCUCCUUGAGUUUUGAGAGCUAACAUUAUGUUUUACAAGGAUGUUUGCAUGCCUGUGUUAGCAUUUAGCUCAAAGUACAACCUCCUUGAGUUAUGACAGCUUGUCAAACAAACAAGAAAUUUGAACACGUCACUUUGAGCUUACGAAAAUGUUUUCAUGGAACUUUUUUGUGGAAAUGUUUUAAAUUAAUUAGUAUUAAACAAUUAAUGGAUAAUGGAAAUAAU